CCUUUUUGUUUCCCUCUCGCUCGCGGCUUGCCUGCUUCCGACCUCUAGGGUUAGGGUUUCUCCGGGUUGAACGAGAUCCCCAAACUCUCUCUCCUUCGUUACAUUUACAAAUUCAUUUUUCCGCCAUCUUUGAUACGAUGCAGCCUGCACCUGGUGUUGCCCCGCACAGCGUGCCCCACCAAGCCCCGCAGUACCAGCAGCCGCAGGGGCAGCCGCCGUACAUGAUGAUGCCUCCUCAGCAGCCUCAAGUUCAGCCUGGGCCUCAGAUGUGGCCUCAGCAGCUCCCGGCGGCUUCACCGCAGGUCCAACCGACUCAACCGGCCAGCGGGGACGAGGUCCGUACGCUAUGGAUUGGAGACCUCCAAUAUUGGAUGGACGAGAAUUAUCUUUACAACUGUUUUGCUCAUACUGGCGAGGUUUCAUCGGUAAAAGUCAUUCGGAACAAGCAAACCGCUCAGUCCGAGGGCUACGGCUUUAUUGAGUUCUUAACACGUCCGGCUGCAGAAAGGGUGCUCCAGACAUACAACGGUACACCGAUGCCAAAUGGGGCACAAAAUUUUAGACUGAACUGGGCAUCAGCAGGGGAGAAGCGGCAAGAUGACACUCCUGAUUACACAAUUUUCGUAGGGGACUUAGCUGGUGAUGUUACGGAUUAUGUGCUCCAAGAGACAUUUAGGGCGCGUUACACCUCGGUUAAAGGUGCCAAAGUUGUGAUUGAUAGGCUCACUGGACGUACUAAAGGUUAUGGUUUUGUGAAGUUCGGAGAUGAGACUGAACAAAGUCGUGCAAUGACUGAGAUGAACGGAGUUCUCUGUUCGUCAAGGCCUAUGCGUAUUGGACCUGCUGCUAACAAGAACACUUCUGGUGGUGGUCAGCAGUAUCCCAAAACUUCAUACCAGAAUCCUCCUCAAGGCACUCAGAAUGAGAACGAUCCAAAUAAUACAACUAUAUUUGUGGGAAAUUUGGAUUCUAAUGUCACGGAUGAGCACUUGAGACAAGUAUUCAGUCAGUAUGGUGAGCUUGUGCACGUGAAGAUACCUGCUGGCAAGCGAUGUGGCUUUGUUCAAUUUUCAGACAGAAGCUGUGCCGAGGAAGCCUUACGGAUGUUGAAUGGAACCCAAAUUGGUGGGCAAAAUAUUAGACUUUCAUGGGGCCGUAGUCCUUCUAAUAAGCAGGUACCUCAGGCUGAUCCUAACCAGUGGAAUGGAGGAGGAGCAGCAGCAGCAUCAGCAGCAGGAGGAGGAUACUAUGGGUAUGGACAAGGAUAUGAAAAUUAUAGCUACGCUCCAGCUGCCCAAGACCCUAACAUGUUCUACAGUGGCUAUGGUGGAUAUGGAAACUAUCAGCAACCAGCACCACAGCAGCCAUCACAGCAACAAGGAGGAUAUAUGUAGAUGACAAGUUUUAUUUCUCAUGUGCGGUGCACUGCCUCGACCGAGACCCCGAUCUACUUGUGUCAUUGGUACAAGAUUUUGGAGAUGUUAAUCUCUUAUCUAUAUUGUGAACAAUAUUCUAUGCAACUCUGUUGACAUGAUAACAUUCGUGUUGUAUUUGGUGUUAGGUUUUUUUUUUUUCUGUUUUUUGCGUGUUGUGUUAUUUAUUCUAUCAUAGGAUCUUAUCUAUUCUGGAAGCGAGUCAGUUUUCUGAUUGUAAUUUUCGUAAAUUGUUGCUAAAAGCUCUGCGAAGUCGUGAUGCUACUACUGAUCAUCAUAAUGGCUUUAGCAAAAUUGACUGAUUCUCGUAUGGAAGUGUUUUAUUUACACUUUUUUUAGUAAUGUUAUAGGAGUUUAUCGUCA